AUGACGUACCAUCUGACCCAAGUGAUGUCUAACCAUGACUGCUUCAACGAAUACCUUAACGGUAUUUGUAAAGCAGCCUUGUCGCAAGUCGACCACUGUCGAGAUUGCCUGGAAGAAGCGGAUAAUGCACUGCAUAAGCUCUUCCGGUUUACAAGUUAUUCAAUAAUUUCAAUAAACAUCAAGGAUUCCAUCACUGUAGUUUCCACUUGUCUCUUUCUUUCCAUAUUUUGGUUUAUUUGUGAAAUAUGUCCAAUUUGUGAAGCUUCAUAUGCAUCUAAACAAAAUGAAGAAUUUUCGUUUUGGUUAAACUACUGCCCAGAACCAGAGUGGCCUGCUGACCAUCCAUUGCCCUUACCUAAAUGGGGUAAUUCAAAGCCAGUCUUUACAAUCAGCACUUUAAAGGAAUACGAAGAGCUAAUUAAAAAAUUGGAAAAUGAAUUACAGUUAUUUUUAAUAUCGAAAACAUAUGAUUCAGUAACAAAUUUUAUUUGGUUUUACAAUCACUAUAAAAGUAAAAUGGAAGAUCAGUCAUUUGACAAAUUUUUCAGAGAAUAUGAACCAAUAUUAAAUGAUAAUGCAAAUAAUUGUGUUGGACUAUCAUUAUUGUUAAUUGGAAAAUUAGCAAAACUUGAUGUAUUUUUUCCCGGAAUUCGUGAAUGUUUAUAUUUAGUGUCAUGUGAAAAAAAUUUGAAAAAUUUCGAAAAAUACAAUAAUGAUAAUCCAAUUCAGUGGAUAACAAUUAAAGAACAUGUCUUGAUUUGUUUACAAAUUAAAAUAUUUGAACGAAAAGGCGUUUUGCUACUAGAUCCAGGUUAUUCAAUUGCUAGGGUUAUAACUGUAAUGAAUGAUAAAUUGAGUCCACAUACAGGUUAUUUUCCUCUAUUUUUAAAUUCAAGAAAAAGUUUUCUUUUUGAAAUGGAUAUUAGUGGGAGAUAUGUUGAGUGGUUAAUUUACAACAAAAAUAAAAUAAAAGAAAAAAACUUGAUUCAUAUAGAGGCUCCUUAUCUUUCACCAAUAAGUGUAACUGAACGUAGAAACUUGGUUGACAAUGAUAAAUGUUUGUACACGGUAAAUGAAAGAGGACAAUUUUUGGCUAAAGUUUAUUUAGAUGUCAAUAAACCAAUUUUUCAUCUUGCUUAUUAUGAUUAUUGUAAUGAUAAUUUAGUAAAUGAAAAGGAAAUUGAAGUAUCAUAUAAAACGUUCCUUUCGAAUAAAAAAAUAAGCAAAAAAGUUGAAAAAGUUUUACAACAACUUAGCGAAAAAUUUAACCUAACAAAAAUGGAAUUUAUAACUAUUUUAAAAACUCUUUCAAAUAUUAUGAAUGACAAGGAAUUUUUAAAAUAUAGAGAAAUUACCAACAGCUACAUUUAUAGAAUCGCUAACUGGAAUUAAAAUAGAAAAUUAAAUCAUCUAGAUGUUUUAUAUUUUUCAUAAACGCUUUUUGUCUAUUAAUAAAGUAACAAUAUAAAAAGUCUACUAUUGGAAAAUACGCAAUUAAUAAUUUUAAUAAUUAUAUUAUGUAUAACUAAUUAUUCUCCU